CACCAAGAUGCGAAGUGCCUUGGAGUUUACUAUGCACUCCUAGGUCAUGACGCUGUCCCUUGCCCUUCCCGCCGAGCAAGCACAACACACGUCACGCCGACUCGAAAAACUGCGAUUUUUAGAGGGGCGCGAACCCUUUCCAACCCUCGCUUUCACGAGAGCCCGCCGUCCCGCCACCACAUCGCCUGGACACUGCCAUUGGACCGCUGCGCUGCAGCUAGCGUGGCGCUCUAGCGACAUUGUUCAGGCCACGCAGCCUUGCCUUCCCGUGCCAUGCGCGGUCGAAGGUGGGGUCGCGACGCGCCGGACUCGCCGUACUUAUCUUCCUGCUGAGCACCCGGGCGGGCGGCUUGGGACUGAAUCUCCAGACGGCCGACACGGUGAUUUUAUUUGAUUCGGAUUGGAACCCCAGAUGGACCAGCAGGCAGAGGAUCAGCCAGAAGCGGGAGGCUCGGGUGUUUGUGCUUGUGAGCGUGGGGUCUAUAGAGGAGGAGAUUCUAGAGAGGGCGAAGAGCAAGAUGGGGAUCGAAGCAAAGGUGAUUCAAGCGGGGAUGUUCAAUACGACAUCGACGGCUCAGGAGAGACGGAAGUUACUGGAGCAGAUAAUGAAGAGGGGGCAAGUGAUCUCUUCCCUCUCUUCCUCCCCUCUCUCCCUCCCCUCUCUCUCCCCUCUCUUCCUCCCUCUCUCCCCUCUCUUCCUCCCCCCUCUCUCUUCUCUUUUUUCCCCCUCUCGCUCUCCCGCUCUUCCUCCCCUCUCUCUCUCUCCUCUCUUCCUCCCCCCUCUCUCGCCUCAUUUCCUCCCUGCACUCUCGCAUCUUUUCCUGCCAUCUCUCUCGGGUCUCUUCCCCCCCUUCCGCCCUCUGGUCUCUGGGUUUAGGCAAGAGGGGAAGGUGAGCUCUGGCUGGGGAGGAAGGUGGAGUCAGACAGGGGGGGAAGUCAGGGGGGGGAAGGUGAGCUCAGACAGAGGGGAGCUAGUUGUGGCGUGAGAGGAGGAGAUAUGCGCACCUGAAAUCGGGGGGGAAUUGCGUAAGCUGUGCGGGGAAACCGUAGUGAGGAGCACGGCUAAGGGUUUAGCGGAGGUGCUGGUUUCGCAGCUAGGCACCUAUGGCCCUUAGCUAGGUGUGAGCUAAUGGUGAAGGCUCUAUCGAGAACGGGGGUGAGGGAGGGAGAGGUCGCGAAAGCUUUGGGCUCGCGAGUGUAAUAAAUAGGGUUAGAAGCUAUGGCGAGGAUCACGGGCAGCUCCCUGCUUAGUGCGCACGAGGAGGGGGGGGUGGGGGGGGGAGAUACUAGGGUGGCGUGAGUGACGCUCGUGUAACUGCGGCACUUGGCUUUGACAUGGUGUGACCUGUGCUUUCCUGCAGUCGAGCUGCCUAUACUCGCUCACUCUAUUUCUGUCGUGGGUUGUGCUGGGUGGAGUUGGUUUUGGGGCUGGAGUGCCUAUUCACUCGAUGACCCUUUUUCUUUUUCCCAGGUUUCUGUCGUCUCUCUUCGCUGGUUGCUUGGCUGUGUUUGUUCCUCAUUAUAUUUUGAAUACGAACUCGCUUAUCUUCUUUGCCUACUUGCGUGUUUGCGAACGGCUCUCCGGCGUAGUGGGGUCCGGGCAUCGCCAGCCAUCCACGCUUGCGACGUCGCCAGCGUUGGCGAGGUCGUUUCUUCUGUUGCGAGGUUCCUCGUGGGCCGUGCUUGGGUUUUUUGCGAUGGUGCACCCUCGUUGCUUUCGCCACCCCACUUAAAAGGCUGACUUUAUCAGACUAUUUACUCUGAUUAGUCUGAAAUCUCAGACCGGUUUUUUGGCUAAACCUGAAUUUCCAGAUAAGGCAUUUU